AUGCGUCAUCUAGUGUCAAUUAAGGAUCUCACCGAUGAGGAGUUCACCGUGUUGGUGAACAGAGCUGAGCAUUUCAAAAAAGUGUUCAAGAACAAUGAUUCCACGGACUUCCAGAAGAACCAUUUGAAACUUCUUGGUAGAACUGUUGCUUUGAUCUUUUCCAAAAGAUCCACUAGAACUAGAAUAUCUUCCGAAGGUGCUGCUGCGUUCUUUGGUGCUCAGCCCAUGUUUUUGGGUAAGGACGACAUCCAAUUGGGUGUCAAUGAAUCCUUCUACGACACUACGAAAGUUGUCUCCUCCAUGGUGGCCUGUGUAUUUGCUCGUGUAAACAGCCACUCGGAGAUUCAAGCACUUUGCAAGCAUUCGAGCGUUCCAAUCAUUAACUCGUUGUGUGACCGUUACCAUCCGUUACAGGCAAUUUGUGAUAUGCUCACGAUUAAAGAACAACUAGAUUACGAGAAGAACAAAUUGAAAGUUACUUGGAUUGGUGAUGCUAAUAAUGUGAUCAACGAUAUGGCUAUUGCUUGUCUGAAGCUAGGUAUGGACGUUGCAAUUGCUACUCCAGCGGGCAUUGAGAUGGACCAAGAGAUCGUGGACGCUGCAGCAGAAAUCACAAAGAGGAAUGGGACCAAGAUUGAAUACACACACGACUCAAAGGCCGCCUCUAAGGGGGCACAUAUCCUUGUUACGGACACUUUCGUAUCCAUGGGUGAAGAAUUUGCGAAAGUGGCUAAACUGAAACAAUUCCAAGGAUUUCAAAUUAAUCAGGAACUGGCUGAUGUAGCAGACCCAAAUUUCAAGUUCAUGCACUGUCUACCAAGACACCACGAAGAAGUUACAGAUGAUAUAUUCUAUGGUAAACACUCCAUUGUCUUCGAAGAGGCUGAAAACAGAUUAUACGCUGCCAUGGCAGCAAUCGAUGUUUUUGUCAAUAACAAGGGCGAUUUCAACCACAUACAAGAUUGA